AUGGAUUUGAUGGACACAGCUCCGGAAACCUUCAAGACAGCGCUGUCUGCUCCGCUCCCCGAUUCUGAAAAUGAGAGCUCCACCGCCCCUCAGCCACGCGGACGAAGCGGGAAAAAGAAGAGGAGGGCAACAGCCGCGACGUCUACUGUUCGCAGCUCGCCUAUCGAGAAGAGGGCCAGGCAAGAUUUCGCCCCUGACGCCAAUGGUUUUGUCCCGGCCCGGCGAACUGCAAGACGCAUGCAGUCAUCGACGACGCUUCCAACUGCCGUCGCCAACUCAUUCGACGCGCUCGCUGACGCGCCAGACCAGCUGCCGCGCGAUCCUGCGCCGAAGAAAGACUCCCAUCUUCCUUAUCGUGGGUGUGAGGUGUGGAAGCGUGCCAUCGCUCGCCAACGUGGCCAAACACCGGCGCCACGUCCGAAGAAGCCAGCAACGAGACGGCCCGGCGUCUCUUUCGCGGCGGCAACGUCGGGGGCGCCCUCCGCCGUCCCGGCUGCGUCGGCUGCUCUUGCUCCUGCCGCAUCCGAGGCCGUGCCGACACCUGAGGCUCCUGCGCCUCCACCACAGCUACUAGUGGCGGACCCGGGUACUGCCUCUCCCGGGACGUCGGCCGGACCGCGCUCCGCCAACCGCCGGCGCGGGGGUCACCGCCCCAUGGGUACCCAGCGCUCAGCACCGUCAGUCGAGCAGCCCCAGGUGGACUCUCACAGCGAAGUAGCCACGCCUCCCCCUUCCAGCGACGGGGCCGCGCCGGCUGCCUCCACCGGUGACCUGGCCAACCUCGUCACGCAGCUCACUGCCCUGGUGACAAGUGCUACGAAGUUGAUUGAAGUCCUGUCGCAGCAACUCACCUCUGCAGUGCCGAUGGCCUCUCCAGCCCCGGCCGCUGUCAACACUCACCAGCUGCACCAUGGGCAGCGUUAG